ACGGAAGCGCUGGGGUCCCAGGGAUCCCACAGCGGGUGGAUCGGAACCAUGGGGCAGCCCUGGGUGGCUCGGGGCGCAGAAGGAGCGCCCGCGCGGCUGCCCCUGCUGCUCACCGCGCUGUGGGCCGCCGCCGUGGUCCUGGAGCUGGCCUACGUGAUGGUGCUGGGGCCCGGGCCUCCCCCAUUGGGACCCCUGGCCCGGGCCUUGCAAGUGGCGCUGGCUGCUUAUCAGCUUCUUAACCUGCUGGGCAACGUGGGACUGUUCCUGCGCUCAGAUCCCAGCAUUCGGGGCGUGAUGCUGGCUGGCCGCGGCGUAGGCCAGGGCUGGGCUUACUGUUACCAGUGCCAAAGUCAAGUGCCGCCACGUAGUGGGCACUGCUCUGCCUGCCGCGUGUGCAUCCUACGUCGUGACCACCACUGCCGCCUACUGGGCCGCUGUGUGGGCUUCCAUAACUAUAGGCCCUUCCUGUGCCUGCUACUUCACGCUGCUGGUGUCCUGCUCCACGUCUCGGUGCUGCUAAGCCCUGCCCUGUCAGCCCUUCUGCGGGCCCACUCAGCCCUCUACACUGUGGCUCUCCUGCUGUUGCCCUGGCUCAUGCUACUCACAGGCAAAGUCUCUCUGGCCCAGUUUGCCUUAGCUUUUGUGGUGGACACAUGUGUGGCAGGUGCACUACUGUGUGGUGCUGGACUGCUUUUCCAUGGGAUGCUGCUCCUGCGGGGCCAGACCACCUGGGAGUGGGCUCGGGGCCAGCACUCCUAUGACCUGGGCACCUGCCACAACCUGCAGGCAGCUCUGGGUCCACGCUGGGCCCUAGUCUGGUUCUGGCCUUUCCUAGCCUCCCCUUUGCCUGGAGAUGGAAUCUCUUUCCAGACACCAGCUGAUGUGGGUCUUGUGGCUUCCUGAGUCCAGGUAGAGCCAGAACUGAAUAGGGAGGAAGGGAGCAGAGGAUGGAGUUGGAAACUUGCUUUCAGUUUCAUGCCAGCCACAGGACGGAGGCCCUGUUGGCCCUUCAUGCCUGUAGUGGUAGCUCUAGCUCCUUCCAUGAACCUAUCCAAUGUGGGCUCUUCCAUAUCUAGAGUUCAGACACAGUAACUCAGCUCUUUUUGGCAGAGGAGGAUCUGGCAAGGAAGCUACUUGGUCAGCCUGUCUUCCCCUCUACCAGGCUGGUAAAGUGCCCAUCAGGUUCUUGGCCUCCUCUGUUUUUGCUUUUAUUAUUUUGCUUGCUGUUUUCCAGUUCCCAUGAUUAUCAGGCCUGGAGACUACAGAAGGUAUGAGAUGCUAAUGGGCCAGGGCUCUGCCUCCUCUGGCCUUGGAAGCCUGUGGUGGGAUCCAGGAAAGGAGAAUCCAAAUGUGCUCCAGAGGAUAGCACUCCAUGGAAAAAUCUCUGCAGCAGGGGUUUCAAGGAAGAUCUUGUAGCUCAUCUGUAUGUGGGGAUUGAGUUAGGAUCUUUGUUCUGUAAAAACACGUAAAGCCCUGCUAGACCAUGUGACAAGAUUGUAGGAUAGAAAUAUAGACCUUACUGGCCUUAACUUUGUAGACUAUGCUGGCUUCAAACUCAGAGAUGUGCCUGCCUCUUCCCCCUAAGUGCUGGGAUUAAAGGCAUGUGUCACCAAAA